AAUUUUUAUAAACACUAAAACCAGUUUAUUUUUAGUUUGUAAUGUAUAAACCAUCAUCACCUACCAAAAUAUCUUUAUCUUAUUCUAUUAUAAAAACCUUUUCUCAUCUCUCAACAAUCCCAUUCCAUCUUCUCUCAUCUUAUUACAACACAGCCCAUCCUCUGUUUCAACAAACAAUGGAACCAACCACGACCCAGAACGGAUCCGAACUCGAACUCGAACUCUCGGAGUUCGAGAAGACCCAGAAGAAGUACCAAGACUUCAUCGCUUCCCUCCCAAAGAGCAAAGGCUGGAGACCCAAAGAGAUCCUCAUCCAACACGGCGGACACUGGUGGCAAGAAUGUCUCCUCGAAGGCCUCCUCCACGCCAAAGACCACUUCCAAGCCCGACCCACCGACUUCCUCGUCUGCAGCUACCCGAAAACCGGAACCACGUGGCUCAAAGCCCUGACGUACGCCAUCGUCAACCGCUCUCGCUUCGACGACGCCACGAACCCGCUCCUCAAACGGAACCCUCACGAGUUCGUGCCUUACGUGGAGAUAGACUUCGCGUUUUACCCGACCGUCGACGUCCUUCAAGAUCAAAAGAACCCACUAUUCUCUACCCAUAUCCCAAACGGGUCGUUACCGGACUCGAUAGUGAACUCCGGUUGCAAGAUGGUUUACAUCUGGAGAGACCCCAAGGACACGUUCAUCUCCAUGUGGACUUUCUUGCACAAGGAGAAGUCUCAAGAAGGUCAACUCGCGAGUCUUGAAGAGUCUUUUGAUAUGUUCUGCAAAGGCUUGUCGGUGUACGGUCCUUAUCUUGAUCAUGUGUUGGGUUACUGGAAGGCUUACCAAGAUAACCCGGAGAGGAUUCUGUUCCUUAGGUACGAGACGAUGAGAGCUAAUCCUUUGCCGUUUGUGAAGAGGUUGGCUGAGUUCAUGGGUUAUGGGUUUAGUGCUGAGGAAGAGGAGAAAGGGGUUGCUGAGAAUGUUGUGAAGCUUUGUAGUUUCGAGACGUUGAAGAAUCUUGAAGCUAAUAAAGGAGAUAAGGAGAGGGAGGACCGUCCUGCGGUUUAUGCGAAUAGUGCUUAUUUUAGGAAAGGGAAGGUUGGAGAUUGGGCGAAUUAUCUGACUCCGGAGAUGGCUGCUCGUAUCGAUGGGUUAGUGGAAGAGAAGUUUAGAGAUACUGGCUUGCUUGAACAUGAUCAGUGAAAUGUGUUGUCUUUGAUCUCUUCUGGUCUUUUUGUUGUUUGGUGCGGAACAGAGGAUGCUCUGUUUUUUCUGUUUGGUUCUAUAUUGUUUGUAAUUUGUAUCAUCAUAUUUAUAACAAGAGAAAGAUCUUUGAUGCUUGAAUUAAUAAACAUUCAGAGCUACUUCA